CGAUGAACCAUGAGUGAGAAUCAUGGCCGAAGCCAGCGUCGAAAGCCGCUACCUUGCAGCCGGCGCAAACAGGUACUCGGCCGCAGCUGACUGGGGUGAAGACGGAUUUGUUGCAUUUGGUUCUGAUACGAAUGUUUGCAUCUGGAGUCCUACGGAUUCAAGAGGUAUCUCAAAGAUCCUCAGCGGUCACACAUCCCAUGUGCGGGCUGUCAAGUUUCUUCCCAGGCUGAAGGACGAAAAACUCAUCCACCUCGUGACCGGUGGUGAUGACAAGGAGCUCCGACUCUGGACCAUAGAUCUAGAGACCGGCAGUGCUUCAUGCGUCCAGAUCGUACAGGAGCAUCGCGAACCUAUAAACUGCAUAGCCGCUCUCGAGGCGAUUGCAUCGAAAAAUGCCAGACGAAUAUUCGUCACAGGGGCAGCAGAUGCCACCGUCAAGGUCUGGGCUCUCCAAGAGGGCCAAAUUGUGCUCCUCCAGACUAUCAAAACACCGAAAGGAUACUUGCCCCUUGCCGUCGCACUAAGCCGCCUCGACAUUGAGGGAAGCAGGGUUAUCUUGGCAGUCGCGGGGACGACCAACGUGGUGCAGAUAUUCACAGCCUCCUUGGGUGACGGGACGGCAGGCUUAGAGUUCACCCCGCAGGCUACAUUGCCGGGCCACGAGAACUGGAUUCGCUCGCUCGACUUUGUGUCUGAGAAGGCUGAGCAGGGAAGCGAUCUUCUCCUCGCGUCGGCAAGCCAAGACAAGUAUAUCCGCCUCUGGCGCAUCCACCAGGGCACAGCACUUUCGGCACUGAAUGCAACAGGCCUGGAUCUGUCCGUUGAUGCGCUGACUCCGGGCAACAAGAUACACAAGAUCAGCGCUGGCGGUACCAAAUACUGCCUCAUGUUCGAGGCCCUCCUUCUCGGCCAUGAGGAUUGGAUCUAUAGCGCGCGCUGGUCCCGCGCCGCAGCUGCCGGAAAAUUUCAGCUCUUGUCUGCGUCAGCGGACAACUCCCUGUCAAUCUGGGAAUCGGACCCAGAGUCAGGCAUCUGGAUUAUAGUGGCAAGGCUGGGAGAGGUCAGCAAAGAGAAGGGAGCAACGACAGCCACGGGAAGCAUUGGCGGUUUCUGGACCGGUCUAUGGUCGCCUUCGGGCACAACCGUCAUCACACUGGGACGGACGGGCAGCUGGCGACGGUGGGACUACGACGCGGAUGAGGAUAUGUGGAAGCAGAAUUUUGCCGUGUCGGGCCACACUCGUGCCGUAACCGCCAUCUCCUGGUCCCGAGACGGCGCCUACCUCCUUUCAACCAGCUCCGACCAGACCACCCGACUCCAUGCAGAGUGGACAACCGCCGCCCACACAGAGCAGAGAAACACAUGGCACGAGAUGUCGCGGCCCCAGAUCCACGGCUACGACCUCAACUGCAUCUCCACCCUCGGUCCGGCCUCUUUCGUAUCCGGCGCCGACGAGAAACUGAUGCGCGUUUUCACCGAGCCCAAGGCAGUCGCGCGCAUGCUCAGCCGCCUGACCAACGCCACCACCGCCUCGUCGGACAUAGCCGCCGCCCCAGACGCAGCGAACAUGCCCGUGCUGGGGCUUUCCAACAAGGCCAUCGACGUAGUCGACGACGACGACCUGGCCAAGGAGGGAGCCGUCCUCUCCGCCCCGACGGCGGAGACAGAUCCGGCGGACCGCGACAGCGCCGUCGACCCGGCAAGCGUGCUCCGUCGGUCGGCGCUCGAAAUCGACCACCCGCCGUUCGAGGAAUCCCUGGCGCGCCACACGCUGUGGCCCGAGGUGGAGAAGCUGUACGGGCACGGCUACGAGAUCUCGUGCCUCGCCGCCAGCCACGACGGCUCCCUCAUUGCCAGCGCCUGCAAGGCCAGCAGCCUCAACCACGCAGUCAUCCGGCUGUACGAGACGCGUCGCUGGACCGAGCUCAAGCCUGCGCUUCAGGCGCACGCAUUGACGGUCACGAGGCUGCGGUUUUCUGCGGACGAUGACCAUCUGCUCAGCGUUGGGCGGGAUAGGCAGUGGGCUGUGUUUGCGAGGGAGAAGAACAAGGAGGAGGAGGAUGGACGUUGUGGAUACCAGCUACUGCAAGCCAAUCCCAAGGGACACGCGCGCAUGAUCCUGGAUGCCGCCUGGGCGCCGCCCGUCGGUGGCGAUAGCGCCAGGGUGUUUGCUACUGCGGGAAGGGACAAGCAGGUCAAGGUGUGGAUCAAGAAGGGCAGUGACGGCGAACGGGAUGGUGAGAGCGGGCCGCAGUUUGAGCUGGGCAAGGCGAUCGCCGAGGAACAUCCCGUCACGGCGCUUGAUUUCCUGCCUGAGGUGACAAAGGACGGGCUGCUCCUGCUUGCCGUGGGGACCGAGGCGGGUAGGCUGUCGGUGCUGUCGCUGAAGGUUGAGGGAGGGAAGGUGUCGGUUGUGUCGACACUAGUAGUGAGACCGGAGCUCUGCCUGCCCAAAGCCGUCAUGCAACUUGCGUGGCGGCCGGCCAGGGAAGGUCAAGAAGGGCCAGAGCUCGCCAUUGCCGGCGAGGAUGGGUCGUUGAGGAUAUAUAGGUUCGCUUUGCAAUAGACCGAAACAAGGGGUUAGGGGAAUAAAAGUUAAGUUG